UCCGCACUGUUACUGUACGGAGGUUCUGCAAUUACAUUUUUUUUCUUUCUAAUAAUUAAAUUAAUUAUAACAGUAAGUCAGUAACAGAAAAGACAGGGAUAGCCAUGGUUUAUCUCGCCGUCGCUGGUGCCGGAUACAGCUCAGUCGUCGGAAUCAAUAAUCGGAGGCCAGAAUUUUUCAUAUCAAUUAUACCAAACGGCGCCAUUCCAACGCUCUAUUUCGUCGCAUCUCUGUGUCGGUGCUGCAGAGAACAUGGCUUCAGUAGCGCUUCCGAAUCCGCUUGGACAGAUUUUCCCGUAGAGAACGCGUAUGAGCUGUUAGGAGUGUCCGAGACCAGCUCCUUUGACGAGAUUAAAGCGUCGUUUCGAAAAUUGGCCAAAGAGACUCACCCGGACCUAGCUGAGUCAAAGAACGAUUCCACUGCGUCUCGACGAUUUGUACAAAUUCUGGCUGCCUAUGAGAUUCUUUCAGAUUCUCAAAAGAGAGCCCAUUAUGACAUGUACCUGUUGUCUCAGAAAAAACUUAUGCAAAGGCAUCCUGGACAGGGUUCAAAAUUGCAAAUUUACAAAUCACAGGCUACUGCGUUCAAGGAGAUGGAAGUUGUUGAAUGGUUAAAAUGGUACAGAUUAACUAUAAAUAAUAUUUUGGCAGAAAAGAAGAUGGUAGUUGGAACUGGCUAUUUUGAUGUAUUUGAGAGAGAUUUUUAUUCAGCUAUUUAUGCAGCAUACUAUGGUCCUGAAAUUCAGUCCAUGGAGCUUCUUCCUGACUGCUUUGAGGCUGAGGAGAGGUCCUCUUAUGAAACUCCUGAGGUUUUGCACUUAGUUUCAGGACGUGAUCUUUUCGGAAUGGUUUGCCUAGCUAACAAGGUUCCAGAGAUAUCAAUUACUAACAAUGAGAAGUUAACAUCUUUUAGAUCCUUCCAUUCAGGCCUGUGUCAAUCUAUAACAGAUUUGAACGUCCACAAGAAUGCAAAAAGAUCAGAUGAUUUUGAAACUCACCGAGGUCACAGCUCUAAAACUUCAAGUAUUGUAUCAGAUGCAUAUAGACAUCUAGAAUUGCACAUCUCUGGAAGAGUGAUUGCUACAGCAUCUAGGGCCCUACCCAGAUGCUGUUCUGAUGAGAUGCAGACAGAAGAUACUGAAGAUCAUAUUCAUGUGUUCCUUAAUUUAUAUGAAGAUCCCAAACAUAUCAGCAGUGAUUUUUGGAAAGAUUACCUUGCAAAUGGUGCAGUUGGAAGAAGAAUUCACUUGGGAACCAUAUCUGGACUUGGGAGCAGUCCAGAUGAAGGUUCUUGCUAUGUCUACAAUGACAAGGGUACAAAGACCCAUGUGAUUAUGAAGCAUAGAACAUUGAUGGUGAAGCAUAUGCAUUGGUAUGAAGUGAGUGAGAAAGUUUCAGUUUGUGAAUGUAGAUGCACUAGAGCACGCUUACCACCAAGCAAAUUUUGGCUAUUUGAGCCUCGUUGUGGCUUCCAUGACAUAGGGGGUUGGUACGUUGAAACAUAUGGCAAAGAUAAGAAUGGUCGUACAAUGCCAUCACAAAGGUUCUGGGAUGGCUUGGACUAUAGUGAGCAAGCUGACAGAAGACUUCAUCCAGCAAUGUAUCUGUUUGCUCUUGCAUAUCGGACACUUGAUCUUGAAUAUGCCAAAGCAAGCAAGAAAUCAUUUAGGAAUGUUGUUGGAGCACAAAUGUUCCGAAUUCUUCAUUGGUGCAAGAAACUUGUUCAAUAGUUACAGAAUGACUCUUGGGAUGUUCUGUAAGUACUGAAAGGAAAACUCAUUACAAGCCUCUAGUUGUUCUAUUGGAUAUUGCAAAUUCAACUUUUCAUCUGCCUAGUGAUCGAUAUGUUAGCCAAAUACUGAAGUUACUUCACUUGGUCAAGGGUUGGCUGCUGGUGCUGUUUUAAUAUAUAAGGAACCAAUAUCAUGCUUGAGCUGAUUUGCCCCAACAUCUAUUUUGUCAAAAGUAUUUUCUGGCGCUACUUGUCUCAGAAUUGUUGUGCAAUCCGAAUCUUCACAGAUAUACAUCAUGGAUUUCUAUGCAUGCAAUAUACCUCUGCAGUUGCCUUUCUGUUAUAAAUCAAAGAUUCUUUAUUUUGGUCAGUAUUAUGGAAGCUAGUUGUUUCGCUGCACAAUGAGUUUCAUCCCCGUGUUGGAGAGGUCAUGGAGCUGGACAAUUUCCUGGAAUUUACUUGGCCAUCAUAGUUCAAGGCAUAUUUUUGUUCUGUUCUCUCUAGGUGCAGGAAGAAUGUGUAGAAGAGGCUAACCUCGGGUGGCUUGACCCACAUCUGUCCAUCGUACCAUCCGCUUUCUUCAUAAGGGAUGACCGCUGAUAGAAGUCUGUCACCGACAUAACUCCAACCCUGCAUUGUAAUUCAAUUGUCUUAAGUCUUAACUUCAACAGUUAUUUUAGUGUGAAGGUGCAGCCAUAGCUCAGUCACUUAACCAUCGGGUAUAGUUAGUGUGAAUGACCAACAGAUUACAUUCAGUUGAAAAUCUCAUUAUAAUGUUCACUUUGGCAACAAUAUAAACAGCAUGCAUGAUGACUACAAAAGGGAGUUCCGACAACUUCCAAUCCUUGGACAAAUGCAAUAUGGAUUUGAAUUCAUGAUAUACUACACCAGGACAAAUUUGUUUUUAAAUCUCUGCCUCACCCCAUCCUCCCUUGUCCCCAGUAAUGAAAUGGCUGUGACAUGAAGAACAAAAGGAGGAUUGGAAUUUAGAACGCACCAGAUAAAUCCUCAAGACAAUCAAAGACACAAUGAAGAGAGUUCCCGUUCCAGCAGCUAGUAUAAAUCUUAGAGGCUCCUGCAAUGUUCUGAACGUUAAUGCAGACAUUAAGGAAAUUUUAUGAGCGGUAUAAAUGUUGUGGGCAGCUGGCACGUAUUCGUGUGUUACGUUGUGUAUGCAUCAAAAUUUCUAGUUGAUUAGAUGUUUCAAUAAUUAUGCACACAUAUAUUUUAACUUCUUCCUUACUUUAGAAGGAUUAAAGCUUGCAGCUGCAAUUGGUCCUCCAAGAACUGUAAAUACUGCCAGCCAGAGACUUCCAAGGCGAAGGAAGAACGACCCCGGACCCAGUUCACCCCACGAAUACAAGAUUCCAUCCUUUAGAGAUGAGUACUCAUUCACCUAUUACACCAUGAGGAAUCGGGGUUAGCAUAAAAUGAAAAAUGAAACUAGUUUUAGUGAAACAAUCCUGAUAACUAAUAAUUCAUUUUAAUCCCUUAUCAUGAACCGUUCCAAUUUUUAUGCAUGCAUCCACGGAUAUGUAACUCACUUGCUAGGUUCAGCCAUAAAAUUAAUGAACUAAUGAUACACCAUGCUAUAUCAUGUAGAUUUCAAAGAUCAUCCAAAAAAACAAUUAUUGCCACAAUUGUGUAGCUGUUAACACAUACCGGCCUCUGCUCAAAAGGGACUUCAAUUUCCAACCCAGGAUCCCAGCUACGUCCUGAAGAUCCGCUUGUUUCUCCAUCCAUCUCAUCUUUUAUGGCCUUAGCCUUGAUGGAAAUCCG